AUGCCUCUGCUUAACCUCCCUAGCGGAAUUCUCCAUAGAAUUGUGGAGAGGCUUGAAACUAAAAGGGACACAAACUCCUUUGCGAAUACGAAUCGCCUCCUUCGAGAUGUUGUUCACACUCGGCUGUACAGUCGUGCAGCAUACGGCCCGCCUCCGACACUUAUAUCCGCUAAUAUUCCCGUGGAGAAUUCUGAAUUUGUUAAUCGGCCGGAUGUAAUGCAAUGGCUGCGUCAUGGGCUCUCGGGCGGUAGUUGGUUGGCGCUUGCUGGGUUGGGUGGCAUUGGCAAAACCGAAAUUGCAGUUCAAUAUGCUAAUGAAGUUCGUCGGUCGUCUUCAAAGACUCAUAUCUUCUGGGUAGACGUUAGUCUCUUCGUCGAAUCAUAUUCAGCAAUCGCCAGUUCCCUGCAAAUACCACGUUACCAAAAUCGCCAUGUCGUACGCCUUGUUUUCAACUGGUUAUUAGAUGCAGCGAACGGGCCAUGGGUGAUGAUUCUCGAUGGGGCAGACAACUGGAACGAUGUAAAUCGUAUGAAGCCGUUCUUGCCACGAUGUGACCAUGGCUCCGUUCUUGUUACAACACGCAAUUUGGACAUAGCAGAAAAACUAGCUGGUCGAGAAAACUUCCAUUUGCUACCAGAGAUGACCCAAAGCGAGGCGAUAGAGCUUCUUCAACUACGCCUCAGUCCACGUUACGAUGGUGAGAAUGACAGGAGGGUGGAGCUUAUCAAUGCCCUUGGUAAUAUACCCUUAGCGAUUGUGCAGGCGACCACGGAUAUCGAGGCUAAGUUCCCCCGCUUAACAAUUUCUAAAAUCGUCGAAAAUCUAAGGCAGGGCAAUAAACAAACUUACAAACUCUUGUGCAUUAACAACUUUUAUAUUUCAAGUCGGCCUUUACAACGCGACCAUUCAGCUGCAAAAAUUUGGCAGUCCGUCUUCGAUCUCAUUUAUCAUGAGAAUAUGGAAGCUGCUAAAUUCUUAUCUAUCAUUGGGAGGAACAGUUCCUCGAAGAUAUCGAAGAAGUCGUUAAGCAGCGUCGUGGACAAUUUGGAUGAGUACAUCAAAGUCUUGCGAGACUAUUUGCUAGUAACAGAAGAGCCUGAGGAGGAUUUGAUCACAAUGCUUCCAGUAGUGCAGCUUUGCGUCCGUCAGUGGUCAAAAAAGUUGACAUUCGAUGACGAUAUGCGUGGUUAA